AAAUUUAAAGUUGGCUUCGACGAGGUUUGAACCCAGAUUCUAAAGGGACAUAAUUCAGGAGAUUUGGCAUGUCAGGAGAGUUAGAAAAUGAAAAAUAACCAAGCUGUACGUCACGUGGGACAGUCAGUUCAAGGGAGGCAACUGCAAUUUGCUUUAUCCUCUGUGUCAGCCAAGACAUAUUGUCCAAAUUUCAAAAAUGGCUGAUGCAAGAAAAGGUGCCAGGUCUACAGAGGCAAAGGGAAAAGAGAAACAGAAAAAACUACGUGAACUAGUUGAUCAAGAAGAAUAUAUUUUGAGGAAACGGCUCCCACGGACAUUUCCAAAGAGACCUAAUGAUGUAUAUAUUAGCAAAAAGACUAAUUUCAAAGCACAAAUGAUUCGUUGUCAAACAUUUCUAGACAAUGGCAACAAAGUCUAUAUCCAUGCUUUAGGAGCUGCUAUUAACAGAGCAGUUAAUUUAGCAUUGCAACUGAAGGCUAAUGGUUGUGGUUCUGUGGAAAUAUCCACUAACACAUCAACAGUUUACCUCACUGAUGACUUGGAACCAGCAAAUGAUAAACUAGAAUAUGAGACAUUAACAAGAACCAAUUCAGCAAUUCACAUAAAAGUGUAUCGACCUCAAAAAUUAAAAGAUUGAAUCAACAGAAUAAAUACCACACCUUUUUUUUU